AUGAAUGAGGAAUGUGGUCUACUGGGUCGAGACCUCUCCAAGAUGACUGAUGAAGAAAUGCUGUCUCACAGCAAAGAGGAACUUGUCAGGAAGCUAAGAGAAGAGGAAGCAGAAAAAAAUGGCAGCUCUUAUUCAAAGGGGUCGUCUUAUAAAAGAGGUCAACCGCCAGCUGCAAGGCCACUUGACAGAGAUUCGUGAGUUGAAACAAGUUAACCAUCGUCUUCAGGAAGAGAAUAGAGAGCUGAAAGACCUCUGCUGCUUCUUGGAUGAUGACAGAUUAAAAAGCAAGAAACUAGCUAGUGAGUGGCAACUAUUUGGCUACCAUGCAGCUAAAGUCUUAAGGGAAGACUUGGGUGGGUACCUUAAAAAACUGGCUGAACUGGAGAGGCGGCAGGAUGAGCUUGUGAGGGAAAACACAUGUCUGUCUGAAGUUUUUCUGGCUCUAGAAGAAGAUGGGGCCUCCAUAAGGCACCAUGCUAGCCCCGUGGCUUCAUCAGAGCUUAGUCUUUUACCCUGUGGACCACGAGACUUAGGCGACGGGAGCUCCAGUACAGGCAGUGUCGGGAGUCCAGACCAACUGCAUGUUGUUUGUUCCCCUGAUGACUGA